ACUUAAAUAAAUACCCCCACUAAUCCACUUCACACACUUCCUCCAAAUAACAACACCCAUCUCUCUGUCUCUCUCUGUCUCUUCCAACCCAUUGUUUGCCAUUUUUGUAACCCCCUUAAGAAAAAACCAAGAAACCCCCCUUCCCUUCUCCCCCCAACAAUCAAAUAAAGCAAGAAACCCCUCCAAGAAAAGCCCCAUAACCCUUCGAAAAUAACCAAAAACCUCCACAACAACUUCCACCCCACCGCAAUACUCGUUUCCCAAACUCCUCCACCUCCAUCCGUUUUUUGGCCCUCCUGAUAUCACCUAUACAGCUCCCCACACACAUCAUCUUUGCCGUCUCACUCCUCCCCGCACUGCCACCCCAUUUCCCACAACCUCCCCCCUCCCAUGGAGUCCCCGCUCGUAGUAUUCUUAUUACUCAAUCUUUGAACCUUUUGCAUGCGACAAGGGUCGCCGGUGAUCCUCGAGCAAGGAAUUUUAUUUCUCCUUAUCAGAUUUCUUCUUCUUCCUUGUCUGAGGAUCCAAGACCCUUGCUUUUUCUUUCUUUUCUUUUUUCCCGGCAAAACCAAACACCAAAAAAUCAUUCCCUUUCUUCCCAUUUCUCCUGAGAAUCUGAUUAUGCAAAAUUCUUGAGAUUCCCGCAUCGGAAUUCGAAAUUAAAUUCUGGGUUUUGCCAGAAAUCGUUCAAUCUGAAAAACCCAGAUAAGAAUUUUCUCCAUUUUCCGUUAUCUAUUUUCCCAAUUUUUUUAAAAAUUUGAAUUAUGUCAGCAUCGAUAACCUCAUCGCGGCAGCUAUUUCUCCGGCAGACUUCGUCCCCGCGCCGGCAACCGCUGCUCCGGACCCAAGUCUCAACCAGCAGCGCCCGAUUGGCUGAAGUCGCAGGCGGCACAGCCGCCGAUUGCGCCGCCGUGUGCUGUUGCUGCCCGUGCGGCCUCGCCAACCUCCUAGUCCUCGUGAUCUAUAAGGUCCCGGCGGGGCUCUGCCGCCGCGUUCUGAAGAAGAGGCGCCGCCAGAGGCUCAUCAAGAAGGGGCUGCAACAUCGCAAGUGCAGUUGCGGAUUCGCCGGCUCGGAGCUCCAGUUUGACACGGUGGGUUUGGAGUGCGUGGCGGGGAUCAACGACAUGUCGCAGAAGAUUUCCGACGACGAGUCGUAUGAUGAGGAUGUGAUGCAGCUCGAGAAGGAGAUGUGGGACCGGUUUUACAGUACGGGGUUUUGGCGAAGCCCAUCCCAGAGGGAACCGUCCAAGGUCUCACUGGUAAAUAAUUAAAUCAAAAUAUUUAACGACCAGUCAAAUGACCAGAAUACCCCCCAAAAUAAAAUUUACUGAGAUUAUUUGGGUUUCGUCUGUGUUUUUGAUUGGUUGGCUGCUGGGUGGUGCCUUAUGUCUACUUGGUUUUGGGUUUGCCAAAGUUGAGGGGCUUUUUUUUUUAUUCUUCUAAUUUAAUUUAAUUUAAUGUGGUUAAAUCUAUGUAUAUAUGGGGAUGUGGAAAAUGCGGUAUUCUGCUGUGUGACCGAUAAUUUAUUCAUAUGAUGUGAAAGAUAAAAAUGAUGUAAAUCACCGUGUGACCGGUAAUUUAUUCGUCAUGUGAUGUGAAAGAUAAAAAUGAUGUAAAUCACCGAAAUUUGGUUUUUCAGGGUGGUGGUUUUGUAAGAGAUUGUUUGAUUGUCAUGUUGUUUGACUUUGGGGUUAAAUGUGGAUCUUGUGCACAUUUAAAAAAAAAAAAAAAAAGAAUGUUGAAGGUUUCAAAGAUUAAUGGAAUUAAUACACUGCGGGCGUAUUUUUGCUUUA